CACCUAUAAUCCCACCUGCUUGGGAGGCUGAGGCAGGAGAAUUGCUUGGACACGGGAGGCGGAGGUUGCAGUCAGCCAAGAUCGCGCCACUGCACUCUAGCCUGGGCGAUGGAGUGAGACUCCGUCUCAACAACAACAACAACAGCCAAGAGCAUGAGGGAGGGAACCCAGGGGAUGUCUGGAGGAAAAUAUUCCAGGCAGCGGGAAUAGGAAGUGCAAAGACCCUGAGGUGGGGCGGGGGAGAUGGAGCAGCGCGGGUGAGAAGGAAUGUCGUGGGCCAUGAGGUCAGUGUGCAAGGCUGUUUCCAAGACCUUGGCUCUUACUGUAAGUGAAGCUGGGGGCCACGCAAGUGGGUUGGAGCAGAGGAAAGCUGUGAUCUGACUUGCAUUUGAACAGUACUGCUGUGGCUGCUGUGCGGGGAGAAUAGGUCGCAGGGACACAGAUGGAGGCAGGGAGGCCAGGGGGAGGUGGUGGUGAUAGUCCAGGCAAAUGAUGGUAGCAGAUCGUAACUGGGCAUGGUCAUUGUGUCUUGGACAUGUCAGAGUGUUGUAGCGCCACCCUAUGGUGAGGCCAUGGGCUGGAAGAGUGGCCCCAGAGCCUCAGCUUCCCUGACCUGGGCCUCUGCCCUGAGCACCCCUAUAGGCUCUGGCCACCCUAGUCAGGCCUGAUCUCUUGUGCAGGCACCCUGUCUCCAAGGCUCUACCCCUGUUCCAGAGCGCGAGGGGAAGUACAGGAAGCAGGAGGAAGCGCUGGGUUGAUCCAGUGUCCUGGCCAAUUUGUUCCCAGCAGUGGGAGGAUUUCCGGGCCUGAAUAGCAGGAAAUGUUGGGAUGGGACGCCUCACCCGGGAAGAGUGGGCGGAGGUGGAUGGGGGAGGGGUCCCUACUGUAGCUCACUCCACUGCUGCUGGACAGAGAGAGCCCAAAAGCCUACUGUUGCUGGGCUGUAGCUUGAGGAACUGUGGUUGGAUACCAGCUAGGGCUUUCUAGGAGAGAAGAUUAGCGAUGAAGAAUCCUAGAAUGUUAGAACAGGGAGGGCUAUCAGACAACGUCUCAAGGAGGAGGAGCUUUUGGCCUUAGGAUUGGGGGAACCCACAAUUUUAUUUUUUAUCUCGGCUUCCUUUUUUUUUAAAAUAUGAAGCUCCUGUAUUUGAGGAGGUGGUCCAAUAUUUGACCUCCCCUCCCCAUUUUGCAGAUGGGAAGGCUGAGGCCUUUCUUAGCCAGAGAACCUGGGCCCAACCUAACAAAAUUAAUGAUGACAGCGAUUAACAAUUAACAUUGACUGUUUACUAUUCAUGCAUCCCUUUAAGCAAUAUUGCUUUCUUUCAACCUCUUCUUCUUGGGUUCAAGUGAUUCUCUUGCCUCAGCGUCCCAAGUAACCGGGAUUACAGGCGUUCGCUGCCACACCCGGCUAAUUUUUCUUUAAGCAAUAUUUCUUGAGCUCCUGCAGGCACUAUGUUGGGGACUGGGUCUCAAUGGUGAAUUAGACAAAGUCAACACUUUUUUCAUAAGGGCAUCAGAUAAUUAAGUCAGCAAUUAAAUAUAAAGUGGCCAUUUCAGGCAGAAAUUGCAAAAAUUGAAAAUAAAGUAGGAUUGGGAACACAGAGUGAAGGAACGAGGGACUAUUCGAGGUGGGGAGGUCAGGGAAGGCUUCUCCAAAGAGGUGACAUUAAGCAAAGCCCUGAAUAAAGAGGGAGGAGGGACAAGCUUCAUGAAGCCCUUGGGGAAGAGCAUUCCACGCAGAGGGAACAGCAAGAGCGAAGGCCCUGUGGCCGGAACAAGUUGCCAAGGAGGGUGGGGCAGAGGCAGAAUAAGGGACAGGAGGUGCAAGGGAGACAGGCUGGAGAGGUGGUGGGGUGGCUAUUUGGUACCAGCAGGCCACACAGGACCUUGUGGGUUAGGGAACAGAUGAGCCAAUUUUUGCCUGUUUUUCUGGCAUAAUCAUGGUACCCUCUCUACUCUUGCAAAGGAAGAAAAGUUCUGGUUUGGAUGAUAAAUUGCACGGCCGCAGAGAGGAGUUUAGAUUGUGUUCUUCUAGAGAUGGGAGCCGCUGAAAGGCUGAGGAUGGUGUGUGUGCCAUGAUCUGCUUAGGUUGUAAGCUUGGGCGCCUUCUGGUCUCAGGGCAGAAGCUGACUGUGGGUGAUGAGAGUGGACACGGAGCCCGAGGGAAGGCUCUUCUGCUCCACCGGAGACACGAGGGUGGCCCCACUGUGGGGACGGGGUGGACAUGCGGAGAAGAUUCUGACGGUGGAGUGGCAGGAUUUCCUGGUGGACUGGGUGUGGAGCUGAAUGGAAGAGAAGGGGCACAAAGGACCAUAUGGUUUUUGGCCAAAGUGGCAGGAAAGAGGAAACUGACAUCAGCUGAGCCGGGGAAGAUGGGGAGGGGGCAGGGAGGAGCCACAGUUCUGCUUUGGAUACAACAAGUUGGAGAUAGCCUUCAGAUAUCCAAGGGGAGGCGUCCAGGAGGGCUGCUGGAGAGCCGGAGGCUGGCGGCGACUAUGUGAAGUUCUCCAAGGAGAAGUACAUCCUGGACUCAUCGCCAGAGAAACUCCACAAGGAAUUGGAGGAGGAGCUCAAACUCAGUAGCACGGAUCUCCGCAGCCAUGCCUGGUACCAUGGCCGCAUCCCCCGAGAGGUCUCAGAGACCUUGGUACAACGCAAUGGCGACUUCCUCAUCCGGGACUCGCUCACCAGCCUGGGCGACUAUGUGCUCACGUGCCGCUGGCGCAACCAGGCCUUGCACUUCAAGAUCAACAAGGUGGUGGUGAAGGCAGGCGAGAGCUACACACACAUCCAGUACCUGUUUGAGCAGGAGAGCUUCGACCAUGUGCCCGCCCUCGUGCGCUAUCAUGUGGGCAGCCGCAAGGCUGUGUCAGAGCAGAGUGGUGCCAUCAUCUACUGCCCGGUGAACCGCACCUUCCCACUGCGCUACCUCGAGGCCAGCUAUGGCCUGGGACAGGGGAGUAGCAAGCCCGCCAGCCCCGUCAGCCCCUCAGGCCCCAAGGGCAGCCACAUGAAGCGGCGCAGCGUCACCAUGACCGACGGACUCACUGCGGACAAGGUCACCCGCAGCGAUGGCUGCCCCACCAGUACGUCGCUGCCCCGCCCUCGGGACUCCAUCCGCAGCUGUGCCCUCAGCAUGGACCAGAUCCCGGACCUGCACUCACCCAUGUCGCCCAUCUCCGAGAGCCCUAGCUCUCCUGCCUACAGCACUGUAACCCGUGUCCAUGCCGCCCCUGCAGCCCCUUCUGCCACACCACUGCCUGCCUCCCCUGUCACCCGCCGUUCCAGUGAGCCCCAGCUGUGUCCCGGAAGUGCCCCAAAGACCCAUGGGGAGUCAGACAAGGGCCCCCACACCAGCCCCUCCCACACCCUCUGCAAGACCUCCCCGUCACCAUCACUCAGCAGCUACAGUGACCCGGACUCUGGCCACUACUGCCAGCUCCAGCCUCCCGUGCGUGGCAGCCGAGAGUGGGCAGCAGCUGAGGCCUCCAGCCGGCAGGCCAGGAGCUAUGGGGAGAAGCUAAAGGAACUGUCAGAAAAUGGGGCCCCCGAGGAGGACUGGGGCAAGACCUUCACCGUCCCCAUCGUGGAAGUCACUUCUUCCUUCAACCCGGCCACCUUCCAGUCACUACUGAUCCCCAGGGAUAACCGACCGCUGGAGGUGGGCCUUCUGCGCAAGGUCAAGGAGCUGCUGGCAGAGGUGGAUGCCCGGACACUGGCCCGGCAUGUCACCAAGGUGGACUGCCUGGUUGCUAGGAUACUGGGCGUUACCAAGGAGAUGCAGACCCUAAUGGGAGUCCGCUGGGGCAUGGAACUGCUCACCCUCCCCCAUGGCAGGCAACUACGCCUAGACCUGCUGGAAAGGUUCCACACCAUGUCCAUCAUGCUGGCCGUGGACAUCCUGGGCUGCACUGGCUCUGCGGAGGAGCGGGCAGCACUGCUGCACAAGACCAUUCAGCUGGCGGCAGAGCUGCGGGGGACUAUGGGCAACAUGUUCAGCUUCGCGGCGGUCAUGGGUGCCCUAGACAUGGCCCAGAUUUCUCGACUGGAGCAGACAUGGGUGGCCCUGCGGCAGCGACACACGGAGGGUGCCAUCCUGUACGAGAAGAAGCUCAAGCCUUUUCUCAAGAGCCUCAACGAGGGCAAAGAAGGCCCGCCGCUGAGCAACACCACGUUUCCUCAUGUGCUGCCCCUCAUCACCCUGCUGGAGUGUGACUCGGCCCCACCCGAGGGCCCUGAGCCCUGGGGCAGCACGGAGCAUGGCGUGGAGGUGGUGCUGGCCCACCUGGAGGCUGCCCGGACAGUGGCACACCACGGAGGCCUGUACAACACCAAUGCUGAGGUCAAGCUGCAGGGGUUCCAGGCCCGGCCGGAGCUCCUGGAGGUAUUCAGCACGGAGUUCCAGAUGCGCCUCCUCUGGGGCAGUCAGGGUGCCAGCAGCAGUCAGGCCCGGCGCUAUGAGAAGUUCGACAAGGUCCUCACUGCCCUGUCCCACAAGCUGGAGCCUGCCGUCCGCUCCAGCGAGCUGUGAUCCCAGGGACGUUUCCCCUCUGCAGCUGCGGACAGCGUCAGGGGCAGAGGGGGCACAGACCUUUCCCCAGAGCACCCCAAGGACACUGUGAUCAACCCGAGAAUGUUCUGGGUUCAACUCAAGCAUCUCCCUUGCACCUCCAGGGUCCUGCGUGGACCCUGGGUUCCAUCCCACCUGCUACACGCUCACCAGGUCUCCGUUGAGGAAGAACAGGAACGCCGGUUCCCCCACCAGCUUUUGCUGCUCCCCUUCCUGCUGGGGUUCCCUGUUUUCGAGCCAUGGGAGGCAGACUGCUCACGCCUCCUCACUCUCCGUCUGUCCCUCACCCACACCAAGGCCUCCGUCUCACUGUAAAUAAGUCUCUGUGUUCUGUAAAUAGAUGUACAGAAGCCAUGUUAUUUCUUUCAUAUAAUAAACUUUUAUGACUCUUUA